AUGGGUAAUUACCCAAUACUCAUCCGGGUCGAAUGUAGUGACAGUGUGGACAACCUACUAUACCCUCGAAAAAAUGGAAGUCGAGGACCUGUCUCUCAAUCUGUAGAGGCGCUCUUUCAAAUGUACGCAUCAGCAUUCCAGAUUGUGAGUUGUCGCAGUGGAGAAGUCGUACUUUGUAAUAUGGCUUCUCAACUCUGUCACAGUGCUCUAAAAUAA